AAUGAAAGAAAAUUGACCAAAAUUGAAACCUCCUCGGCCCAUCUCCUUAAAUUGCGCUAUCUUUUACAGUUUUUAACCCAACCAUUCCCCAUUUGUAACAGAUCUAUAAUAUCCCCUCUUGUCUCCUCAAAUCUACUGUAUUUCAGUGCGUACUCGGACUCCGUGCUAAGAAAUCGAUACCUUCACAUGUAACACCGUAACGAGAAGCUCGCACUUCCCAUGUGAUGAUUAUGGGCCCCUUCCCCACUCCCCUCGAAACCAGACAAAAUACACAAACUAUAGUGUCAAAGCUAGUCUCUCGUUCUUCUUUGAAGGUCUUUACACUACGAGUCCUGGUUUUUUGACCCAGUUUUGUGCAGUUGCAGAAAUUUGAGAUAUAGAUCAAGAAUCCUAUAUCCACAAAAUCACUGGAGAAAAGGACGGAAAGCCACAUCAAGAAUUUGGGUUUUGAAGAUCUUUGGAAUUUUAGUUUCUGAAAAUGAAGGCGGCAAUGGAUGUAGCUUUGAAUCCUUCACCAGUCAUAUCUUUUGACCAUAAGAGGGAUGCGUAUGGGUUUGCAGUGAGACCUCAACACUUGCAAAGAUACCGUGAAUAUGCUAAUAUUUACAAGGAGGAAGAGGAGGAGAGAUCAGAUAGGUGGAAAGACUUUUUGGAAAGGCGAGCUGAGUCCCCACAUUUGCCCGACAAGUUAUCUGAAAAUGAUAUAAAGUUGAAGAUUGUAUCACCCAAGUUCAAAGCUGAUUCUAUUUCCGAGAAUGAUGAUUCUACUUGUGAGAAGCCUAAUUCUGACAGUUCAUCUGAAGAAAAGAAAGAGGUACUAUCUGCACCAGAGAUAAAAGUUCAUCGAGUCCAAUUAUGGACGGAGAUCAGACAUUCUCUUUGCAUUAUCGAGGAUAUGAUGAGUGCUCGUGUGAAAAAGAAGGUCAACUCAAUAAAAAAUGAAGGGGACUCUGGAACAAGGAAACAUCUUCCUACAAUUGAAGAAGCUAGACCUGGCAAAGGAGCAUCUGAAGAGGACUCCGAUGAAGAGUUUUAUGAUUUGGAGAGGUUAGAAUCAGAUCCCAAUCUAGACAUCCCUUCAACUGACAGUAUCAGUGUCCCAACUAUGGGUGCUGCUGGUGAUUCAGCUGUUCCAGAUUUACAGCCUCCUUGGACAGAAGAAUUAGAAUGUCUUGUUCGAGGGGGAGUCCCAAUGGCUCUAAGGGGAGAGCUUUGGCAAGCCUUUGUGGGUGUAAGAACACGCCGGAUGGAAAAAUAUUACCAAGAAUUGCUUGCUCCAGAUGCAAUUUCUGGUAACAAUUUGGAAAGUAAAUCAGCGGAAUUGGAUGACAAUAGUCACGAGUCAAGUACAGAUGUAACUGAGAAAUGGAAAGGACAGAUUGAGAAGGAUUUGCCUCGAACAUUUCCAGGCCAUCCUGCUCUGGAUGAGGAUGGAAGAAAUGCUUUGAGGCGUUUACUUACAGCUUAUGCUAGGCAUAAUCCCUCUGUUGGCUACUGUCAGGCUAUGAAUUUCUUUGCUGGCUUAUUACUGCUUCUGAUGCCAGAGGAAAAUGCGUUUUGGACUUUAAUGGGUAUUUUAGAUGACUAUUUUGAUGGCUACUAUUCAGAAGAAAUGUUAGAAUCUCAGGUCGACCAACUUGUUCUUGAGGAGUUGGUGCGUGAAAAAUUUCCAAAAUUGGUAAAUCAUCUGGAUUACCUGGGAGUACAGGUGGCGUGGGUUACUGGUCCCUGGUUCCUCUCUAUAUUUAUGAAUAUGCUUCCAUGGGAAAGUGUUCUUCGAGUCUGGGACGUGCUUCUAUAUGAAGGGAAUCGUGUUAUGCUAUUCCGGACAGCACUUGCUUUAAUGGAAUUAUAUGGACCUGCAUUGGUUACAACGAAGGACGCUGGAGAUGCAGUCACACUGCUGCAAUCUCUAGCUGGCUCGACAUUUGAUAGCAGUCAACUUGUCUUGACUGCUUGCAUGGGUUACCAAAAUGUUCAUGAAACACGGUUACAAGAACUGAGAAAUAAACAUCGACCGGCUGUCAGAGCUGCACUUGAAGAAAGAUUGAAGGGAGUACGAGUUUGGAGGGAUUCCAAGGGUCUAGCUUCAAAGCUAUAUAGUUUCAAUCACGAUCAUGAUUCCAUGAUGGUGGGAACUGAUAAAUCAGAAGAAUUGGCUGCACGGACAAAUGGUGACACAACCUACCUAGACUUGAGCUUGAAUGGGGAUGUAGAGAUAGAUUCUACUAAAGAUCUUCAAGAACAGGUGGUGUGGCUGAAGGUUGAGCUGUGCAAGUUACUGGAGGAAAAACGAUCAGCUGAGCUCAGAGCUGAAGAACUUGAAACUGCACUAAUGGAGAUGGUUAAGCAGGAUAACCGGCGACAAUUGAGUGCAAGGGUUGAGCAAUUAGAACGAGAGGUCACAGAGCUACGGCAGACCCUUGCCGAUAAGCAGGAGCAAGAAAAUGCCAUGCUUCAGAUAUUGAUGAGGGUCGAACAUGAACAGAGGGUGACAGAGGAUGCUCGCAGAUUUGCUGAGCAAGAUGCUGCUGCUCAAAGAAUUGCUGCUCAAGUGCUUCAGCUGCACAAUGAAGCAACAGCUGAUUGGUAGGUUGUUCAUCUUCUUGUGAAGCCAAGAUGGUUUACAUAGAUUUCAUCCCUCUUUUCGAUUAUAAUAAGGAGUCAGAAUACUUUCUGGGUCUCCUUCCAUGUUAGACACUAAAAUAAAAUAAAAGAAAAAAUAAAGAAAGCCCUCGUGGAUAUUGUCUUCCAAUUUUUUUGUAGUGCCUCCAUUGUCACUAUUGAUUAAAUAGUAUUGCAAUCAGCUUAGAAUUCUAUCCACGAUAAUUUUAUCCCACCUUAAUAGUUGUAGGUACGGGUAGGAAUGGUCCUGCUCAAUAUUGGUUUGGGCAAGAACCUAAUUGAACCGGUAAGAAAAAAAUCAGUUGCUUUCAUAAAGAAUUGAUAGGUUAUCUGUGAAAUAGGAGAACCGAACUGGUCACACUGGCCCUAUGUGGUUUGAUCAACUGUAAAAACAAGAGGAUGGAUUUCACAUAGAACUGAAGCAAAAGAAGUAUGUCAAUGAUUCAACCUGUUUAUUUCCCUAUAGUCAGACCAAUGGGCCUGUCUUGUUUGUAACUGGCACGAUUCAUCCAAUUUCAGGUAAUUUUUUGCACCCCUGAAUGUAGCUCUUCCUUCAUGGCUAAGAGCGUAGGACAGCUGUUGAUUCAGUACCAUGGUUAUUAGAAUUUGACUAGACUUGCUGGUUUGACCUGAAACUCGGUGAUCCAGUUAACAAAAACCAAUCUGAGUUGGUUUUUUGGACUGGAUUGCAAUCAAAGACUCUUAACCUGACAAACCCUAGCCAUUUUAAAAGAACAAGCAAUGUAAAAUAAUCAAAACAGGACUGGUUUGUUAAUAUUAUUCCCAUGCUUCUGUAAGUUUUGAUCUGGGGAGCUGUGAAUUAUGCUUACCGCUUUUCCCUCUGCUAUUACGGUUUGUUGUUUGUAUUUUCGAUUAAAAAAAUCUGGAGAGAGAGAGAGAGCAUGAAGGAAGAAAAUAUGUGGUCAUAUUUAUGCAUCAUUUUUUUCAGAGGUAUGUAUUUAUUUAGAUUCACAGUUAGACUAGUUGCCCACCAAUUGAACCAAUCUAGUGACUCGAUGCUUUGUUUUGGUCAAUCAGCUGGGUUGGGUUUGAUAACCAUGUCAGUUUUCUUGAUCAGACAAGACUUUAUUUUCGAUUAUUUGGUAAUUUGUCUUGUGCUGCUUGCUUCAACAAUUUCAAAUUGGGUGUUCUGAUAAAUGAGUUCCUGUAUGUUGCUGUGAUGACC